CUAUAGCCACCUACUGGGUGGGGUUGCAACGCUGUAUUGCGGUCGUUUGCCUUAACGAUCGUGUCUGGUUUCCAGUGUGGGAAAAAUCAACGUACCAAACCAGAUUUGCGACCCAGAGCUAGCGACGCAUUCGGGAGGCAACCACGCAUGUGAUUUUCUCGGACGAAUAGAACUACUCAACCUCGUAUUACCUCAGCCACGCGUAGUGCAAAAUACGGCGACGGAGUGCUUAUUUGUAUCGCGAUAUUUUAAUCCGGGAACAACGAAAGUGAAGAUGUCGAAGAAACCGACGACGGGACCCGCCCUGCAUAAGGUGAUCAUGGUGGGCAGCGGUGGCGUUGGAAAGUCCGCUCUGACGCUGCAGUUCAUGUACGACGAGUUUGUCGAAGAUUACGAACCGACGAAAGCGGACAGCUACCGGAAAAAGGUGGUACUGGACGGUGAGGAGGUACAAAUUGAUAUCCUCGACACUGCCGGACAGGAAGACUAUGCCGCGAUUCGGGACAAUUACUUUCGCAGCGGCGAAGGUUUUCUGUGCGUGUUUUCGAUAACCGAGGACGAGAGUUUUCAGGCGACACAAGAGUUUCGGGAGCAAAUACUGCGCGUCAAGAACGACGAGAAUAUUCCGUUCCUGUUGGUCGGCAACAAGUGCGAUUUGAAUGAUAAGCGAAAGGUGCCUCUGGUGGAGUGCCAGUCGCGGGCCCAGCAAUGGGGCGUGCCAUACGUUGAAACGUCUGCCAAAACGCGUGAAAACGUGGACAAGGUGUUCUUCGACCUGAUGCGCGAGAUACGCUCGCGGAAGACGGAAGAUUCCAAGACCACCAACGGGCGCGUUAAAGACAAAUCCAAACGGAGGAAGAUCAAGUGCACUCUGCUAUAGAGUCGGGAGCGCGACAGCGAUCGGUGCGGCGCGAUGAUUGGGAAGAUACUCGUCAAAUACUACUACUUUUCGCCACUUCGAAGAGCUCCCGCAAGGUGCGCGUCUUGAUGCGCAGCAAUCUCCUUAUUACGCGUAACAUUACUCAUAAUAACGUCGCGGUUGAAGUUUAUGUUCUUGGAAAAAGAUUAGCUUAUAAGGGCGGAAACUCGUCACAUCUUAGUGACUACUCGCCAGAGCGUCCGGGGGGAAGAAAUCCGUACGAGAAGCGGGAUAACGCAAGCUUAUACUCAUUGUUUAACGUGCGUUAGGUUGGGCGAAGGGAAGGUGAACGUACCACGCGCUUAUCCCUUACUUCGCGGUUCUUUUAAGCUUAUUUAUUCCAUGUACUUUUAAUCAUACGCUUUAAGCUACCAAUAUGAUGUAUUUUCUUUUUAGAAAAAUUGCAUUGAUGUUUGUAAAUGCAUUUUAGGUUUACAUGAACACAGCCCGAUCAAGUAAAAAUAAAAGAAACGUGAAAAGCGA